AUGGCUCUCUUAGUCGACAAGCACCGUCCGAGAUCCCUCGACACGCUCUCAUAUCACCAUGAGCUCUCCGCCCGAUUAAGGUCUUUGGCCCAAAGUGGCGACUUCCCUCACCUUCUCAUGUACGGCCCAUCCGGCGCUGGCAAGAAAACCCGCACGAUAGCUACCCUUAAAGAACUCUACGGCCCGGGCGUCGAAAAGAUCAAAAUCGACAACCGAGUAUUCCAAACAACAAGCAACCGCAAGCUGGAAUUUAAUAUCGUCUCUUCUGUCUACCAUCUUGAAAUAACGCCCUCCGAUGUCGGCACCUAUGAUCGCGUUGUUGUCCAGGAACUGCUCAAAGAAAUUGCGCAGACGCAACAAGUCGAUCUGUCCGCGAAACAGCGGUUCAAGGUCGUGGUCAUCAACGAGGCGGACCAUCUAACACGAGAUGCGCAAGCGGCCCUUCGACGGACAAUGGAGAAGUACAGUCCCAAUAUGCGACUGAUCCUCCUGGCAAAUAGCACGUCUAACAUCAUUGCUCCGAUCCGCUCGAGAACUCUGUUGGUCAGAGUUGCGGCACCGAGUGAAGAAGAUAUCUGUACCAUUUUGAGCACAUCGGCGAAGAGGGAAGGUUGGAAUGAGGCCCCGGAGCUUAAUAAACGGAUAGCGAAGGAGAGUGGGCGAAAUCUCCGUCGUGCGCUGCUUAUGUUCGAGGCUAUUUAUGCUCAGAGUGAGAAAGUAUCGGAUGAUACACCCAUUCCACCACCUGACUGGGAAGCUCUUAUCUCGGUGAUCGCGGAAGAGAUUCUUGCGGAGAGGUCACCGGCUAGACUGUUACAAGUCCGUGCCAGGUUAUAUGAUCUGUUAACCCACUGUAUACCGGCUACGACGAUCCUCAAGACACUGACAUUCAAAUUGAUCGCCAAGAUUGACGACACCCUGAAACCUGAAGUAAUCAAGUGGUCUGCUUUUUACGAGCACAGAAUCACUCAGGGUAGUAAAGUAAUAUUUCAUCUCGAGGCUUUUGUUGCCAAGUUCAUGCGUAUAUAUGAAAGUUACCUUAUGGGCAUGGACUUUUAA